CAAUCAGCGGCCAGGAGCUGCUGGGAUUUGAAAUUGAGGCGGUUCGAAUGCGGAAGUGAUGAAGUAAACAAAGAAUAGCUCUGUUUUACCGUAGACAACUCUUUUAUUUGAUAGCUAAAUGGAGUUUAAUUUCUCUUUAAAAUACAACUUGCGUUUAUUAUAUCGUCGCGGGCAUGCUAUGUCUGAGCUAGUAAACUACCAAUAGUUAUCAUAUUCUUAGAAGGCGUCCAUAAUGUCAUUAUUCACCGUACAGACUAAGAAACACGUAAUGGCGACAAGUAGGACCCCAGCAGGCAGAGAGUUUCUGACCGAGAGAAAGGCAGUCAGAACGCUCUCCAAGUGUGAGCCUUCACUUUCCGGAGACUCUGCGUGUGAGGACGGCGAUAAAAGUAGCACCAUCAACCGGACGUAUGUCAUCUCCGCGCUGUCAAAAAGCGGACAUACACCCUACCGAGGUCGGCUCACGCUUCAGAGGAGGUCACGGCCAAAGGAGGAAAGUAGUCAAAAUAAUACCACGGCAGCCCCGGAGAAGAGGCUGACACUGCAACGGAGGACUAAGACGCCCACCAUGGAUAAAAGUGCUCCGGUCACCGGUGUGGGCUCGCACACAACGCCGAAAAUCCUCCAGGAAUUCAACGGUAGGACUCCUACUCUGCAGCGCUCCAUGAGCUUGAGAGAGACGGCGAGUAAAGGACGGGAGGCCUUAAAUCACCUGGAAAGUCGAGGGAGACUGGCACAGGACAAGACCCCAUCUUUAGCCUCCACAGGUAGGCUGCAGGACGAGCAGGCCCACACGUUCAAAACGCCCACCAAGAAGACACCAUUUGGUAGGAUCGCAGCACGUAGAGAUGUCUUUGAAAGGAUGACCGUAAAAGAAGCUCCUAAGACACCGCUGGUCAAAUCUGCAAGUUUGGACAGGUCCAAGUAUAAGAAGCAAGGGGAUGUCCUUAAACCGAUUGCAACUCCUCGACUGAGUAAGACAGGUGUGAGUAAGACAGGUGUGCUCAUAGCCGGCGCAGCAACACAGGUGAAGGCCACAGCAGGGGCCCCAUGCUUAAAGGCAGACCUCACCAGGACCUCCACCUCUGCUCCAGCGCCUUCUCAACAGUCCUUAUCCCGUCCCAGUGAGGUCGCCAAACCCCAGGGCUCGCUCAAGAUGGAGAACAGUGCAGUGACCGUUGCAGUCCGUGUCCGGCCUUUCAAUGCCAGAGAAAAGGCAGAAAAGGCCUCUGAGGUGAUCGCGAUGAGGGGCCAGGAGACAGUAGUGCAGCAUCCAGUCUCUAAACAGAGCUAUUCCUUCACCUACGACUUCUCCCUGUGCUCGGUGGAUUCCAAAGACCCCUCCUUCGCCAGCCAGCAGGUGGUGUACGAGACCCUGGCUAAACCUCUGCUGCUCAGGGCCUUCGACGGAUUCAACACUUGCCUGUUUGCUUAUGGUCAAACCGGCUCUGGAAAAUCAUAUACAAUGAUGGGCUUUGGAGAGGAGGCCGGAAUCAUCCCUCGGUUCUGCCAGGAACUUUUUUCACAGCUUUCCUCCAUGGAAAAUGAGCAGGUCAAAUGUCAUGUAGAGAUGAGCUACUUUGAAGUGUACAAUGAGAAGAUCCAUGACCUCCUGGUGACCAGAGAUGACCCGAACCAGAGGAGGAUGCCUCUGAGGGUGAGGGAGCAUCCAAUCCAUGGACCUUAUGUUGCAGACCUCUCCGCGAACAUUGUGAGCGCUUACACUGAUAUUCAAGGAUGGCUGGAACUAGGAAACAAGCAGAGAGCAACAGCCGCCACUGGAAUGAAUGACAAGAGUUCCAGGUCUCACUCCGUCUUUACUCUUGUAAUGACUCAGACUAAGACAGAGUUUGUGGCUGGAGAAGAACAUGACCACAGCAUCACCAGUAGGAUCAACUUGGUGGAUCUGGCCGGCAGCGAACGUUCAAACUCUGCAAAGACAAGCGGAGAGCGACUUAGGGAGGGUGCGGGCAUAAACAAAUCUCUGCUUACACUUGGAAAAGUCAUCUCUGCACUGGCUGAGCAAGCGCUAACCAGAAAAAAGAUCUUCAUACCUUAUCGAGAGUCUGUCCUCACAUGGUUGUUAAAGGAGAGCCUGGGUGGCAACUCCAAGACAGCCAUGAUUGCCACGCUGAGCCCAGCGGGCAGCAACGUGGAGGAAAGCCUCAGCACUCUGCGGUACGCCCAACAGGCCCGCACCAUCAUCAAUGUGGCCAAGGUCAACGAGGACACGAGUGCCAAGCUAAUCCGAGAGCUGAAAGCGGAGGUGGAAAAUCUGCGAGCGGCCCAGGCCAGCUCCCAGGGUAUCCAACCAGAGCGCGUCAGGCUGUUUCAGCAGGAGAUCACUGCGCUGAAAAACAAACUCUGCCAGCAAGAGAGAGAAAUGAUGGAGGCCAACAGGGCAUGGAGAGAGAAACUGGAGCAAGCUGAAAUUCGUAAACGUGAAGAAACAAAAGAGUUGCAGAAAUCAGGUGUGACGUUUAAAGUGGACAACCGUCUGCCAAAUCUGGUGAACCUGAACGAGGACCCUCAGCUGUCGGAAAUGCUUCUCUAUAUGAUCAAAGAGGGCCGAACCACGGUGGGCAAACUCAAAUCUGACUCCUCCCAUGACAUCCAGCUGACUGGAGCACUCAUUGCUGACCAGCACUGUAUUAUAACCAACACCCAUGGCACUGUCAGCAUCACUCCAAUGGACAAUGCCAAGACCUUUGUGAAUGGAAACUUAAUCUCACAAUCCACCGUUUUGCAACAUGGUGACCGAGUGAUUCUAGGUGGAGACCAUUACCUGCGUUUCAACCAUCCAGCAGAGGUGCAAAGUGGGAAGCGGGUGUCAUGUUGGACUGGUGCAGGUGACGGCCACAAAGACUUUGAGUUUGCCAAAAACGAGCUGCUUUCUGCUCAGAGAGCUAAGCUGGAGGCAGAAAUCGAAGAGGCUCACGUGAACGCCAAAAAGGAAAUGAUGCAGGGAAUCCAGAUGGCCAAAGAGGUGGCUCAAAAAGAGUUGUCUAACCAGAAGGCCCUGUAUGAGGACAAAAUCCAAAUACUGGAGAAAGAGCUGAACGAGGAAAAUAAGCGCAAGCGUCUCCAGGAGCUCGACCAGCAGAGGGUGGCGAGCCAAAUGGAAGACCUGAAGAUUGCCAAGCUGGGGCUGGAGCAGGAGGUGGACUCUCAGAAGAAACGCCUCCGCCUCCAUAUGGAGACCCAGGUGAUGGAAGAACACCAUGUGCGUCAAGCAAGGAUUGUGGACGCAUUGGAGGCAGAGAAAAAAAAGCUCAACAAAGAGCUCGAAGACAUGCAGAAAAAAAGGGCCAUGAGGGCCAUCCAGACGCCAAUAGAUGUUUCUCCACGCUGGGAUGCUAUGAAGCUGUCCUUGAUGAUCGAGGAAGCCAAUAAGAUCAGUGCUAACUUGAAGAAAAAGACUGUCUUCAGCAGGCAUGAAAGCUCCGCUGAUGCGAGCCAAGGUCAAAAGGAUGUGCUGCAGGUACGGGUCCAGAAAACCAAACUGGGGAUUUCUACUUUCUGGAGCAUCGACAAGUUUCAAAACAACAUGGCUGCCAUGAGGGAACUGGAGCAGGGGGAUCUUUCUUCAAAGGAUGACGAUGUGUUCUAUGACCCUGAUGAUGAGUGGGAACAAGACAUAUCGUCUUCCACUGCUUCCACAUCCACCUUCUCACGUCGAAGGAGCAGGAGUUUGUUAAAGAGCAAAAGAAUCUCAGGACGUCUUUAUGAGAUCCGUGUCCAUCCAAUCCAGAGUCUGCUCAAAGGCUCCUGCAACUCUGAUGGGUUAAUGGGUGUGGCCACACCGCCCUCCAGACAUUCCAGUGCCACAGAAUCUGCCAUGCCUGGUAUAUGCAAGGACCUGGUGGGCCAAGCGGUGGCUCGUCUACGUGGUUUUGGAGGCACAGAGGAGAGCUUGGCUGAUAAGCUUGCCUCAGACCUGCACCGGGUGUACACUGCAGUCCAGAUCAUUUCUGAGCUGUAUGACAGUUUAGAUGACGACAGCCAAGAGAGCGUGUUUAUGUGCAACUUGGCGGCUCAGACCGAGCUGAUCAAGGCCACCGCAGCCACGGAGAGUGCAGUGUUUGUCGUCACGCAGUGGCUGGCCAAUGUGAAAGCCUCCUGCGGCCCACUCUACACCCUCGUCGAAGAACUCAAGAGCCAAGUCAAGAAGAUGGGAGGGUUUCUCCAGCUGCUUAUUCAAGGUUGUGAAUCUGAGAUCACAACAAUGGUGGCUGAGGCACGAAAGAAGAGUGGCGGGUGCCUGAAUGCUGCGUUGCUUGCACUUAGCCAUCUGGCGGCGCUGUCAGGAAUGCCGCUUAGUGUUCUGGAGCUGGGCGCCCAUGCCACAGGCAAGGCAUCCAUUGUGGAGUAUUUACUUAAAGGGGCCAUUAAAGGCGUCCACUCACUCCUGGAAGCAAGCCUGAUCAUCACCAGAGAAAUGCUAAGAGACGCUCAGCUGGCUUAUCCAAGGAACCCAGUGCUGCAGUGCCUUAAGUCCAAGACACUUGAUUUAGCGCACUCCUUGCAGAGAUACAUGCAUCGUCACAUAACGGAGAGGGAAAAUGACCAGGAGUGUGUGGAAGAAGGGGAGCAAGAGGCUUCAGUCUCCAAAUUACAGACUUUGAGAGCAUCGGCAACCACAUUGUUUAAGUUGAACCAGGCCAUCAAGCAGCUCCACUGCUGUUUGUCCAACACCCUGAAAGGCAAUCGGCACUCCAAUCUCAGCAGCUGCAAAGAGCUCAUCUCCACGUCGGCCACGGAUGUUGAUGAGAUUAUCAGUGGCCUCUCCAAAGAAGGAGCACUUUCACUGCAUCCUCCCCGUGGCCAGGCUCUGACGGCUGCCCAAGACGAGCUGCACUCUGCCCUGCAGUCUCUACGCGCGCCCUGGGACCAGCAGGAGGCUGUCGGGAGCAGCAGCACCGUCACGACGGAUGAAAGCAAAGAAGAUGCUCGGCUACCCAAAGAAAGCGCCGGUAGAAACCGAGGCGUUAAUGCGUUUGUAUGUUCCCUCCCUCUAGGCGUCACGUCCAGUGGUAGCCCACGCUGGGUCUAAUAUUUAUAAUGAAGAAAUCACUGUGGAAAUGAGAGGACAGUAGACACAGCUUGGGUUUCUCCAAUCAAGUCAAUACAGAAUUAUAUUUGCACUCACUAAAUGCUCCUUAACAGUGUUUAAAUGUUUUGUGUGUGAUAUUUGUAUACUAUUUUGACACCUGCGGGAGGAGAAGAAGAGCACUGCUGUUGACAUGUGGUGGAUAAACACUGCCUGACCAAGUAAAAGGUCAAAGAUUUAAUAUUUUAAUAGCUUUGAUCAUGGCACACAUCUUUUCCACAAGCUUCUGCAUUGCAACAUUUAUUUCUGCCCAGAUUUCAAUUUUUGUCAUCCUUUUCACUUAACAGUUGUUAACACGAUUUAUUUCCAGUAAUUUCCUCAUGUUUUCUUAUGCGUAAUGAGCGCCAGUAUUUGGACCUUUUUGGAUUAAAGUUUUCAACUAUGCAUCAAUUAGGGUUAAAUGACAGCAGGAGCAGUCCAAAUGCAGGCUUUAAAUAUAUUUGCUUAGUUAAGUCCAAGUGGUGACUUUCUCUUUUUUUUGGUCUGGCAGUGUAUAUGCACUUGAUUUCUGUAUAUUAGUGUUUGAAAUUGUGUCACAAAUACGAUACAUUUUAUUGACAUAAAAAAAAAAAACACUGGUGUUGACAUCUGGCUUUCCCUGAACUCACUUUAAUAUUAUGACAAAUCUACACAUUAAAAUGAGAAUACUUGCAUCU